CGAACUACUGAAAAUUCAACAACUCCCACAUCUAACCCAUCAUGACUGUAGAAGAUUUGAAAAAUACUGUUGCUAAGUUGCAAGACAGAAUUAACCAAUUGGAAAAGAAAGCCGGAAUCAUUCCUGAUGUCCCCAAAUCCAUCAGAAUGGUGUUGAUCGGACCUCCAGGAGCCGGGAAAGGUACUCAAGCACCUAACUUGAAAGAAAAGUUUUGUGCUUGUCAUUUAGCUACUGGAGACAUGUUGAGAGCUCAAGUUGCUGCUAAAACCCAAUUGGGUGUUGAGGCCAAGAAGAUUAUGGAUCAAGGUGGAUUAAUCAGUGAUGAAAUUAUGGUUAACAUGAUUAAAUCCGAAUUGGAAAACAACGCUGAAUGCAAAAGUGGUUUCAUUUUAGACGGAUUCCCAAGAACUAUUCCUCAAGCUGAAAAAUUGGAUGAUAUGUUGAACGAAAGGAAAACUCCUUUGGAAAACGCAGUGGAAUUGAAAAUCGAUGAUGAAUUGUUGGUUGCCAGAAUUACUGGAAGAUUGGUUCACCCAUCUUCUGGAAGAUCUUACCACAAACUCUUCAACCCUCCAAAGAGAGAAAUGACUGAUGACAUCACUGGUGAACCAUUGGUGCAAAGGUCUGACGAUAAUGAGGAUGCCUUGAAAAAGAGAUUAGUGACUUACCACAAGCAGACCGAACCAAUUGUUGAAUAUUACCAAAAAACCAAAAUUUGGUCUAGCAUCGAUGCUUCUCAAAAGCCAGCCAAUGUAUGGUCGGACAUAUUAAAAUGCUUGGGUCAAAAAUAAGUUGUUUUGGUUCUUUUUGUGUAUAAUUUAGUUUUGUAUAUACAUACAUAAUAUGUUCCAAUCAGAUCCUUUCUCUUUUCAACCCAGAGUGGGCAUCUUCAAGUGCUCCUCGCUUACGAGUCUCAUUAUAACAAUUAGCAUGGACUAUCUUUCUACUUCCCUUAGGUUCCCCGGGUUGUAGUAUACAAUUGUACCAACACCAUUCACCCAACUCCUCAUUGAAUGAACCUUUUACUUGCUCCCUGCAAAUCAAGCACUUAUUGUUCAUAUUAGUCUCGGUAGAAGGAAUUAUCACAUAUGGGAUUUCUUUCGACUCCUGAGGCUUGAAUUGGGAAGAAGAUUGGGUAGAAUUAGCAAUGUUGACUUGAAAUUCAAGGAGAUUUUCAUCUUUGAAUUUGGCCCAGUCAACGUCAUCCAAGUACCAGCUUCUGGAUUGAACAUUGCUAGAACUUUUGAACUUUUGGCUUAUACGAAAAUGCCAGUCUAAAUGUAAUCUUUUUCGAUUUUUUCCAACAUCAUCAGUAUUGAAUCUUUUACCACAAAUAGAACAUUUUAAUCCUUUACUCUCAUAAAGUAAAUUCUUGCACUGAAUAGACACAUUGGGGCUUGAAAUGAAUCCUUGCACUGAUUGGGAGGUCACUUUCAACUUGUUGAGUUCAUUGUACUUGAGUUGCUCAUAUUCAGACCUGAUCAUUUGAUAACCCAAAAUCAGACUGAAGAC